UAGACACAGAUUCACAAGACUUGUAUAGCAACUUUCCAGGUCAACUAGCGUAUCAAUUGGCUUCAAAGGAUAUACUCUAUUUAUAUGUAGUGCAAAUUAACAAGUGUGGAACAAAUUGUGAAACACAUUGAAUGGCUUUGCUUCAUGUAGUGCAUCAUAGAUUCCUUUUGUUCUCUCAUUUAACUGUGCUGUUGCUACUACUUGUCUUAACUAGUAAAGGAAAUGGACACAGUGAUGAUUGUCCAGAAUCAUUUGAUUGUGGAAAUCUUGGGAUCAUUAAAUACCCUUUUACCAAGUUUGGAUUCCACAACUGUGGUGCCUUGGAAAUUCGAGGUUGUGAUGAUGAUACCAACAGAACUGCAAUGAAGACCAUCCAGUUAACCAAUGGAGGAAGACACUUUCAAGUUACAAACAUUGUUAAUGACCGGCGCAAGGGAAAUACUAUUUCCAUUAUUGACCACAAUUUUACCAACCUUUUGAACAAAAGUGCUUGUGAGGCUUUCAGCUAUAAUAAUAUUAACCUCCCUCCUUCAUCUCCUUUUGGAUUAUUUUAUCUGAAAGACAAUAUAACUGCUGUCAAAUGCAACCGUACCAAAAAAUUAUUCAUCAACCCUCCACAUAAUUUCUUCAAAAAUAGUUCUUGUAGUCACUAUGAUUUUUACUUCGGUGAUUCGAUAUCUGAUGCUGAGUCUAACAACUCUUUCGCGUCGUGCUCAUCGUUUUAUCUUCCCGUCACUGAAUUAGGCUUUGCACUUUCUGGUAACCCGUUUCCAUUUUUAGCUGAUGAAAUUACCUUUCAGUUCCAACAAUCAUAUCAAUGUGAACAGUGUCAUCGUAAUAGAAAAGGUCAUUGUCGUAUUGACAGCAACAAACGAGUUUAUUGCGCUGCAAGGAAGGGUAGAAGUUUAAUUUGGAAGCUAGGAUUGAUUUUAGGAGUCGGCAUUGGACCAUGGAUCAUAGUUGGAUUGUUUGUCGCGCUACGGUACUAUAAACGAAAAUAUGGCCCUGCACACAUCCAAUUCCAACCAAGCAACAACACUUAUGUUGAUCCUUAUCCAAAUCGUGAAAUGGAGUCAAACAAGCUCUUCUUUGGGGUGCCUGUAUUCUCCUAUGAAGAGCUUCAACAAGCAACAAACAAUUUCGACCGCACUAGAAAGCUAGGAGAUGGAGGUUUUGGCACUGUUUACUAUGGAAAACUCAAAGAUGGAAGGGAGGUUGCUGUGAAACAAUUAUUUGAGCACAAUUACAGGAGAGUAGAACAGUUUGUGAACGAAAUCGAAAUACUGGCUCGCUUGCGCCACAGGAACCUAGUGUCCCUCUAUGGUUGCACUUCACGUUACAGCCGCGAGCUACUGCUUGUAUAUGAAUACAUUCCAAAUGGAACUGUUGCUAGCCAUCUCCAUGGUGAUUUAGCUAGAGCUGGUUUGCUGACAUGGCCUAUUCGAAUGCAAAUCGCAAUAGAAACUGCUUCUGCAUUGGCUUAUCUACAUGCUUCCGACAUCAUUCAUCGUGAUGUCAAAACCAACAACAUUCUACUAGACAUUAAUUUUUCUGUAAAGGUAGCAGAUUUUGGACUAUCGAGGUUGUUCCCCAACGAUGCCAGCCAUGUCUCGACAGCUCCACAAGGAAGUCCAGGUUAUCUUGAUCCUGAAUAUUUUCAACUCUACAAGCUCUCAGUCAAGAGUGAUGUGUAUAGUUUUGGUGUGGUGCUCAUUGAGCUAAUAUCAUCUAGGACAGCAAUUGAUGCUGCCAGAGAAGGAGAGGAAAUUAACUUAGCAAACUUAGCAGCUAAGAAGAUAAGAAACGACGAAGUUGGAGAGCUGGUUGACCCAUCACUUGGUUUUGAAUCAGACAGUGAAGUUAAAAGGAUGGUAAAUUCAGUGGCAGAACUGGCUUUUCAAUGUGUGCUAGGAGACAUGGAAUUAAGACCUUCUAUGGAUCAAGUUCUGCAAGAACUCAAGAAAAUUGAUGGUAGGAAUUUUGAGUUUGAUCAUCUAGAAAAAGUACAUGACUAUGCUGGCUCCUCGCGCUCUAAAGAAGUACAUCUACCAAUAGUAGGAACUGCUAUUGAUAAGAAGCAAGAAUCAUCCUCUUCACCAAAGUCAUUGACUGAGAAAUGGGAAAGUAAAUCUAAUACACCCAAUGCCGAUGGUUAAUCAAUCAAUUUUUCUAAUAACAGUUAUUCUUUAUGUUAUGGUAAAGUUAAGAAUAUUUACUGGUUAAAGUAAUGUGUGUUCACAUGCUUAAAAAGACUAAAAAAGGGUAAGUGAAUAAAUCCCAAAUCCCAAGGGUAAGGAAAAUUUGUCCAACAACAUUGUUAUUUGAAAAUCAAAAUCAAAAUACAGCAAACUUGUCCAAAA